AGGCAUCUUCCUGCAGCGUCUCGAGUCUUGAGCCGGAACGAGGUGUUGGGCACUACCCCGCGUUCAAAGUUCACGCGUGCCCCAAAGGGGCGUGUGCGCGCCCUGAACCAUUCCCAGGGAAACGCUUGGUCAGCCCUGCUGAGUAAUCGAAAACAAAGGUGGCCAGUGUGCACGCACGAGCUAGGGUCCCCGGCUCCACGCAAAAGGCCUCCACGGAGCCCAAAGAACAGGAAGGGCCGGCCUGGGUGACAUGUCCCGCUGUCUGGCCCGGGCAGUUCCGCCUGCAGCCCACCCAAGCGCACUUGGCUCUAGGGUUGCCCUGGCUCGCUUGAAAAACAGGAAAAUCCACUCUCCGUGUUGGCCCCGGUCUGCCAUCCUUCGCAGGGGACCUGCAGGUUCGACACGAAGUUAUUCCCUGACUGAGAACAUCCGUUUUUAAAUUCUGUCAGAGGCUGUGUGCACGGUUUCGCCCACCCCUCCCUUCCCCCAAAACUUGGAUUCCGAGAUCACUGACCAUCUUCUUAAGGAGGACCGGCCUGUACAAAUUGUUUUUCUGGACACACUGCCACUGCCAGCCUCUUCCAUUCUCAGAUGCCGGACAAAUGGAACCACCAGAUCUUGGACUGUGAAACUCCAAAACUGCCUUCCUCAGAGUUUCUCAUGUCUCAAUGGACUCGUGAAUAUAACGAGCUCUAUACUUUAAAAGUGGAUAUGAAGAGUGAGAUUCCAUCUGAUGCGCCAAAGACACAAGAGAGUCUGAAAGGGAUCCUUUUGCAUCCAGAGCCCAUUGGGGCAGCCAAAAGUUUUCCUGCAGGAGUUGAAAUGAUUAAUAAUAAAGUGGGGAAUGAAUUCUCUCACUUGUGUGAUGAUACUCAAAAACAAGAGAAGGAUAUGAAUAGUAACCAACAAGAACAAGAAAAACGUGCUGUAAGGAAAAAACGCAAAAGCCAGCAGGCUGGCCCUUCUUACAUGCAGGAUUGUGUUAAGGAGAACCAGGGAAUAUUAGGAUUGCGGCAACACCUAGAACCACCAAGUGAUGAAGAUAAUGAUUCCUCCUUUAGUGAUUGCCUUUCUUCUCCUUCAUCUAGUCUGCAUUUUGGAGAUUCUGAUACUGUGACGUCUGAUGAGGACAAAGAAGUUUCUGUAAGGCAUUCCCAAACCAUUUUGAAUGCUAAAAGCAGAAGUCAUAGUGCACGGUCCCAGAAGUGGCCUCGGACUGAGACAGAAUCUGUAUCAGGAUUGUUAAUGAAAAGACCUUGUUUUCAUAGCAGUUCAUUAAGGAGACUCCCAUGCAGAAAAAGAUUUGUAAAAAAUAAUUCCUCACAGAGGACACAGAAGCAAAAAGAGAGGAUAUUAAUGCAGAGGAAGAAACGGGAAGUGUUAGCCCGAAGAAAAUAUGCCUUGCUUCCGAGUUCCAGUAGUUCCAGCGAGAAUGACCUUAGUAGUGAAUCCUCUUCCAGUUCAUCAACUGAAGGAGAAGAAGAUUUGUUUGUUUCUGCCAGUGAAAACCACCAAAACAAUCCAGCUGCUCCCUCAGGAAGUAUUGAUGAAGAUGUUGUGGUUAUAGAAACUUCCUUCACUCCCCAGGUCACUGCCAAUGAAGAAAUUAAUGUUACCUCAACUGACAGUGAAGUAGAGAUUGUAACAGUUGGAGAAAGUUAUCGGUCUCGUUCAACCCUUGGACACUCCAGAUCUCACUGGAGCCAGGGGUCAAGUUCUCACACAAAUCGGCCACAGGAGCCACGGAACCGCAGUAGAAUUUCUACUGUUAUACAGCCCUUGAGGCAAAAUGCAGCAGAAGUUGUGGACCUUACUGUUGAUGAAGAUGAACCUACUGUAGUACCAACCACUUCUGCAAGAAUGGAAUCACAAACUACUAGCGCUUCCAUUAACAAUUCAAAUCCAUCUACCUCUGAGCAGUCUUCUGAUACUGCUCCAGCUGUCACCAGUAGCCAGCCUUCCACAGUGUCAGAGACUUUAGCUACCCUUACAAGCAAUAGUACAACUGGUACUUCUAUAGCAGAUGAUUCAAGGAGAACUGCUUCUAGUUCUGUAACGGAAACUGGCCCUCCUGCUAUGCCAAGAUUACCUUCCUGCUGUCCUCAACACUCACCAUGUGGAGGAUCAUCACAGAAUCACCAUGCUUUAGGACAUCCACACACAAGUUGCUUUCAGCAGCAUGGUCAUCAUUUUCAACAUCACCACCACCACCACCAUACUCCCCACCCAUCUGUUCCAGUUUCUCCUUCUUUUACUGAUCCUACUUGCCCUGUGGAAAGACCUCCACAAGUACAAGCACCUUGUGGAACAAAUAGUAGCUCUGGUACCAGCUACCAUGACCAGCAGGCUUUGCCAGUAGACCUGAGCAACAGUGCUAUCAGAAGUCACGGGAGUGGUGGUUUUCACGGAGCAUCUGCGUUUGACCCCUGUUGCCCUGUCUCCACAACCCGAGCUGCAAUCUUUGGCCAUCAGGCUGCUGCCGCCGCCCCUAGUCAGCCAUUAUCAAUAGACGGUUAUGGAUCAAGCAUGGUUGCACAGCCACAGCCCCAGCCUCCUCCACAACCUUCUCUCUCAUCAUGUCGACAUUAUAUGCCGCCUCCUUAUGCUUCUUUGACAAGACCACUUCACCAUCAAGCUACUGCCUGCCCACACUCUCAUGGAAACCCACCACCUCAGACUCAGCCUCCACCUCAAGUGGAUUAUGUUAUUCCUCAUCCUGUACAUGCUUUCCAUUCUCAGAUAUCUUCUCAUGCAGCAUCGCACCCUGUGGCACCCCCUCCUCCAACUCAUUUAGCCAGCACAGCUGCACCAAUCCCUCAGCAUCUUCCUCCUACACACCAGCCAAUUUCCCACCAUAUUCCAGCCACAGCACCUCCAGCCCAGAGACUGCAUCCCCAUGAAAUGAUGCAGAGGAUGGAAGUUCAGAGGAGGAGGAUGAUGCAGCAUCCAACUGGUCUUUUUGUGUUCUGUGUUUCCAGGCGGGCACAUGAACGCCCCCCACCCCAUCCACAUAGAAUGCACCCAAACUAUGGUCACGGGCAUCAUAUUCAUGUGCCUCAGACUAUGUCCUCACAUCCUCGACAGGCUCCAGAGAGAUCUGCCUGGGAACUGGGAAUUGAAGCUGGAGUGACUGCAGCUACUUAUACACCUGGUGCAUUGCAUCCUCACUUGGCCCAUUACCACGCACCUCCUCGACUUCAUCACUUACAAUUAGGAGCACUUCCUUUAAUGGUUCCUGACAUGGCAGGCUAUCCUCAUAUCCGUUACAUUUCAUCAGGAUUGGAUGGAACAUCAUUCAGAGGUCCUUUCAGGGGCAAUUUUGAGGAACUGAUUCAUUUGGAAGAAAGAUUAGGAAAUGUCAAUCGUGGAGCAUCCCAGGGGACAAUUGAAAGAUGUACAUAUCCCCAUAAAUAUAAAAAGGUAACAACUGAUUGGUUCUCACAGAGGAAACUACACUGCAAACAAGAUGGGGAAGAAGGGACUGAGGAAGACACUGAGGAAAAAUGUACUAUCUGUUUGUCUAUUUUAGAGGAAGGUGAAGAUGUGAGACGCCUUCCAUGUAUGCACCUUUUCCACCAAGUGUGUGUUGACCAAUGGCUGAUUACCAAUAAGAAGUGCCCCAUAUGCAGAGUGGACAUUGAGGCCCAGCUGCCAAGUGAAAGUUGACACCAUGUUUCGGAACUCUUGCCCUCCCUCACGUUCCCAUCCUUCCUGGUACUGCAGUCAACCAAAGAUGGCAUGACUUACCUGCGCAGAUAUGAAAGCAUUGAACUUAGAGUGCUGGCUCUGCUAUAUGGUACAACUAAUGCUAGCCCUACAAUUUAUGGAUACAGUUGAUUUUGAUGUAUUUAUAAAGCUUUUUUUUUUCUAGAUUUGACAUUUUUCCCGUAUCAUUUUACUGUAUUUUUGCAUGGUUCCUUGUAUUGCAUUUCUUUGCACAUAUUAUGGGCUUGUGACCCUAAACUUGCAGGCAAGAUUAGCUGCUUUAGUAAGUAGAGUUUUGUGGUCUUUGUUUUUUACAUAGUACCAAGCCUUGAGAAUUAUGAAAUUUUUUUAUCCAUUACUAACCUUUAAUUUAAUCAAUCAUGUACUUUAGUUUAAUGUAUAAAGAUCCUCUAGAAAAUGAUAAUAUUGUGUAUUAAGACAUUCCUUAAUUAGGACAAAAUGGCUGCUGUAUAUUUACAAUAUGGAGUUCUGAGUUAAAUAUCAUCCUUAAUACUGGGAACAGACUACAACCCAUAUUCAAUCAGAUGCAGGUGGUAUCCAUAUCACCAGAGUGAUCAAUAGAAAUUUUCUUGGUGUAUCCUUUUCCUCUCAGCACAGUGCAGAUAGAGUUGAAUACUGAUAUCAUACAUUUAGACUGCUGUUCUGAUUGUAUUUAUCUUUUUCCUACAUCAUUUAGAACUUUCUUUCCCUGAUUGAAUUUUGCUGCUGUGAAACAGCUCUGAUGAACACUAAAUAUUAAAUUCAGUUCCUGGAUGUACAUACUUGCAGAUUUAACAAAUUUUAGGGAAAUUGAAAAAGACAUGUAGAGUUUUGUUCAGUCUUCUGCCAAGCAUGAAUAGUGAAGAUAUCUGCUUACAUUGAUUUUGUAAACACAUUUAGUCAAGGUUUAGAAUUUCAGUCAUUAGCAGGUAUCUAUGCAUUCAUAGAACUUCUAAAGGUCCCAGGAUCACUUUUAAGGGAUUUUUAUUAGUCUCAAGAUAAAUAAAGUCAGCUGAAUCUACAUGUCUCUUGUUUUAUUUCUCUCUAAACUUGAAAACAGUAAAUCUGCAGAAACUGUGAGGCACAAAUUAUACUGUCAACCUACUGUUGCUAUGGUUAUAUACUCCCACUUCAUACAUUACCAAGAGUCGAUCACUGAUUUAAAAUUUUUAAUUUCUAUAGUUAAGAUUUACUGCAUAAUAUAGAAUAUAAAGUUAACUUAACAUACUAACAUUUCUCCUUUGGAGGAAGUUUUAAUCCACUUAAGGAUACAUAUUAUCAAAAUACUUUCAUAUACAGGAUAGUCUAAUUUUAUUUGUUUAAAUAUGCUUAAUAUGCCCCAGAUUGCAAAUGCAUCCAGUCAGUACUAUCACUGUCUGUAUGUGGAAGACAUGUUCCCAUGGAUCAUAUGUGAAGAUGUCAAUAAGCUUGCAUUAAGCCACCUGCUUUGUAAGUGGAUUGAUUAAUAAAUAACUUAUAUUUCUAUUGUC